AGGCGGGCGAGCAUGCGCGGUAGCAUUGCUUGUCGGUAGCGUCAUAGCGAGCCGAGGGCUAUGGAGGAGAGGGAUACCCGUGUGGGCCGCUGCUUCUUUGGCUAACUGCUUGAUUCCUGGUUCAGGCCCACGGCCAAAAGUCACCAUGUCAGGAGCUGGAAGCAAGCGGGCUGCUGGAGAUGGAGGAGCAGGGCCUCCCGAGAAAAAAUCCAACCGGGAGGAGAAGACCACCACUACGCUCAUUGAGCCCAUUCGGCUUGGAGGCAUCUCUUCCACAGAGGAGAUGGACCUCAAGGUGCUUCAGUUCAAGAAUAAGAAGAUAGCAGAACGACUGGAGCAGCGGCAAGUUUUUGAGGAUGAGCUGCGUGAGCGCAUAGAGAAGCUGGAGAAAAGGCAGGCCACUGAUGAUGCCACUCUCUUGAUUGUCAACCGCUACUGGAAGCAGCUAGACGAGACGGUGCAGGUGCUCCUAAGACGUUAUGAUGGAGAUUGUGGGCAGGCCCCGGAGGAACCCAAAUUGGAAAUCCCAGGCUCAGAAUUGGAAGCUGUUCUCUUAGAGAAUUCUGAAAGGAGAGAGGCCGUGCUGUCCCCUAUUACUCCCCCUGCGCCCUGGAAGGCUGGGGACCUUGUGCUGAACGAGCCAUCCCUUUCCUUCUUGGCUACCUUGGCCAGCAGCAGCAAUGAAGAGAUUGAGCUUCAACUUCAAGAAAGCAUGGAAUUCUCCAAAGCUGCCGUCUCCCGCAUGGUGGAGGCUUCGGAUAAGAUCCACCGGCGCAUAGAGGAGCUUUGCCAGAAGAUCCAUGCACGGGUGGAGUUUGAUCAACUGGAAGAAGUCGUGAAGGCCCUCAACAAGGAGCUGACAAGAGAGAAUCGACACCUUCAGGACCUGAUCACACAGAUGCAGGAGAAACACCAUAAAAUAUCCUUGGAGUACACAGAACUGCAGGACAAAGUGACUUCCUCAGAAACCAAAGUGCUGGAAAUGGAAACGACCAUUGAAGACCUACAGUGGGACAUAGAGAAGCUGCGCAAACGGGAGCAGAAGAUCAACAAGCACCUGGCCGAAGCUUUGGAGCAGCUGAAUUCAGGUUACUAUGCCUCAGGCAGUUCUGGUGGGUUUCAGGGUGGCCAGAUCACGCUUAGCAUGCAGAAGUUUGAGAUGUUGAAUGCAGAGUUGGAAGAGAAUCAAGAACUUGCCAACAGUCGCAUGGCAGAGCUGGAGAAGCUGCAGCAGGAAAUGCAGCAGGCUGUUAGAACCAAUGAGAAGCUGAAGGUGGCACUACGGAGUCUUCCAGAAGAGGCUGUAAAGGAGACUCUGGAGUACAAGGUGUUGCAGUCCCAGUUCUCACUGCUGUACAACGAAAGCCUGCAGGUGAAAACACAGCUGGAUGAGGCCCGGGCCCUGCUUCUCACCACCAAGAACAGCCACCUGCGUCACAUUGAGCACAUGGAGAGCGACGAGUUGAACGUGCAGAAGAAGCUGCGGACGGAGGUGAUCCAGCUGGAGGACACCCUGGCUCAGGUGCGCAAGGAGUACGAGAUGCUGCGCAUUGAAUUUGAGCAGAACCUGGCAGCCAACGAACAAGCAGGUCCCAUCAAUCGGGAGAUGCGCCACCUCAUCAGCAGCCUCCAGAAUCACAACCACCAGCUGAAGGGAGACGUUCAACGGUACAAGCGCAAGCUGAGGGAGGUGCAGGCCGAGAUCAACAAGGUUCGCAUGCAACAGAGUGGGUUUCUUUCUGGUUUGUCCACUGCAGCCCCAGCCCCAGGGAACGAAGACUCCGGUGGACCCCAGGGCCACCCUGGGGCAGCUCCUGUUAAAGAGGAGGAAGAAACGGUGUCCUCCGAAAUAAAGAAAGAAUUCAAGGAGGUGCAAGUAAAGAAAGAGCCCAAGGAAGAAGUGGUGUCUCCUCAGCUGCUCGGGAGCACAGAGGGAGUGAAAAAAGAAGAGGAGGAGACCUCUGUCCCCCAGCCUCCCGCUCCCCAUCCGCCGCCACCACCCCGCGCCAAAGAGUCUGAGCGGUCCAAGGGACGUGGUGGAGACCGGGGCGUUGACCGCGAGAGGUCCCGGGAUCGUGACAAGGAGGUCUCUUCCUCCUCCUCCUCCUCCUCUUCCUCUUCACGGGAUCGGGAGAAGCAGAAAGGUGGUGGAGGUAGUGAAGAUGCUAAGAAGAAAGAUUCAGAUCUGCUCAAGCAGCUGCGAACUGAGCUCAAAAAGGCUCAGGAGAGCCAGAAGGAGAUGAAGCUUCUCUUGGACAUGUACAAGUCGGCCCCCAAGGAGCAGCGGGACAAAGUGCAGCUGAUGGCAGCUGAGAAGAAGACCAAAGCUGAGGUGGAGGAGCUGCGGGUGAGGAUCCGUGAUCUGGAGGAGAAAGAGAAAAAAGAGAGUAAGAAAAUGGCUGAUGAGGAUGCCUUACGCAAGAUCAAGAUGGCCGAGGAACAAAUUGAACACCUGCAGAAAAAACUGGCAGCCACCAAGCAGGAGGAAGAGGCUCUUCUCUCGGAGAUGGAUGUGACAGGCCAAGCUUUCGAGGACAUGCAAGAGCAGAACAUGCGGCUAAACCAGCAGCUGCGGGAGAAAGAUGACGCCAACUUCAAGCUGAUGUCGGAGCGCAUCAAAUCCAACCAGAUUCACAAGCUCCUGCGGGAGGAGAAGGAAGAACUGGCCGAGCAGGUGCUGGCCCUCAAGUCUCAGGUGGACACCCAGCUCUUAGUUGUGCAGAAGCUGGAGGAGAAGGAACGAGUCUUGCAGGGCAACCUGGGCACUGUGGAGAAAGAGCUCACUUUACGCAGCCAGGCUCUGGAGCUCAACAAGAGGAAGGCGGUGGAGGCGGCCCAGCUAGCAGAAGACCUGAAAGUGCAGCUGGAGCACGUGCAGGCCAAACUGAAGGAGAUCCAGACCUUCAUGGCGGAGAACAGGGCAGCCAAGGAGAGGGAGUCGUUCAACCUCAAGAGAGCUCAGGAGGACAUAUCUCGCCUUCGGCGCAAACUGGAAAAGCAGCGCAAAGUGGAGGUGUACGCAGAUGCCGAUGAGAUCCUACAGGAGGAGAUCAAGGAGUACAAGGCCAAGCUCACCUGUCCAUGCUGCAACACACGUAAGAAGGACGCUGUCCUCACCAAAUGCUUCCACGUCUUCUGCUUCGACUGCGUCAAGACCCGCUAUGACACCCGCCAGCGGAAAUGCCCCAAGUGCAAUGCCGCCUUUGGUGCCAAUGACUUCCACCGGAUCUACAUCAGCUGAGCAGCUGGCCCCGGUUUCCCUAACUUCCCUAACCCCUCCAUGGAUUCCCGGGGUGGAGUAGGGGUGGGUGGGUGUGGGUGUGUCUUGUGGUUUAUCUUUUCAAGACCAGCCUUAGACCCACCAGGACUUGUUCCAGCUUUUUCAUUGGCUCCGGUCUGGGGAUCCCUUGAUAAGCCAUCUAAGGUACUCCUGAGGUCCUUUGAUCAAAUGGAUCCCUUAUCCUCAAAGUACCCCGCCCCCUUCUCCCUGCUGGGGGCCCUUCCUGAGGCAAUUCACGGAUUUUCUUUUGGAUAAAGUUGGAUUCUUUCCCCUGGAUCCUGAAGAACUUGGCUCCGUUGCUUUCUCUUUCCUUUUAGCCUUUCCUGAAGAGGCUCUUCAACUUGCCUCGGGUUUUAGUGAUUUCUCUUCUAGCGUUUUGCAGAUUUAGCACAGGAUCCUCAAUCACUGGCUGCUGGCAGCAGUCAUGAAGCAGUUCCAAUGCCCGGUCUUGGAAAUGGCAUUCUAUUUUUUAAGAAUUUCAAGAACUGCUUGGGCGUUUUGCAAAUAAAUGCAGAGGUGGUCUGCUCCUACAAGGUUCCUCUCUGUUCCUCU